AUGAAGCAGACAAAGGCUCACCUGGUAGAUAUCCAGAGGUUUUCUACAAAGGACAACACCUGCACCGUCUGUCACAACCCGUACAUGAACAAAGCCUGGCAGAAGCUUCCCCUCGCGAUGGCUGAGUGGAGGACCCAGUCAUACUGUUCUCGGAAAAUCAGCAGCGAGGUCUCCCGAUCUUCUACAUCGCUGGCUGAGGAAGCUGCAUCAGAGGUGAAGAAUGAUUGGGAAGCUGGUCUAGAGCUUCACCACAAGGGGGUGGAUGCCAAGCUGGUAAUGGCUGGUUCCCAGUCCCAGAUGGCACAAUUUGGUCAGAGUAAGACCAGCACAGACCGUUACACCUUUAUUAGGCACCAACUGAGUUGUGCCUAUUACAGGGUUUAUAACCCACACAACUGUCUGAAUAUGUGGCUCAUAUUGAUUCUUGUAAGCUUUGCCACUUCUACCUCCUGCCAAACUUACCCGCCACUCACCAACGCCUGCCGGCCUGCCAAGAAACCAGAAUGCGAUAAAGUCCAUGCUGUCCCUGGUCACAAUCUUAUCGGCCAAGGCUUUGACAUUGUGACCAUGAAGCAGACAAAGGCUCACCUGGUAGAUAUCCAGAGGUUUUCUACAAAGGACAACACCUGCACCGUCUGUCACAACCCGUACAUGAACAAAGCCUGGCAGAAGCUUCCCCUCGCGAUGGCUGAGUGGAGGACCCAGUCAUACUGUUCUCGGAAAAUCAGCAGCGAGGUCUCCCGAUCUUCUACAUCGCUGGCUGAGGAAGCUGCAUCAGAGGUGAAGAAUGAUUGGGAAGCUGGUCUAGAGCUUCACCACAAGGGGGUGGAUGCCAAGCUGGUAAUGGCUGGUUCCCAGUCCCAGAUGGCACAAUUUGGUCAGAGUAAGACCAGCACAGACCGUUACACCUUUAUUAGGCACCAACUGAGUUGUGCCUAUUACAGCUUCCGGCUUACACACCUCCCUCUUCUGAGCAAAGAUCUGAGACAGGCCUUGAAAUCUCUGCCACCAACUUAUGAUGCCAAGACUCAUGCUCUCUACAGAAAUAUAAUUAGCAUCUACGGGACUCAUUAUAUCAACCAAGCGGAUGUAGGCGGGCAAGUGGUAGAGGUCAACGCCAUUAAGGCCUGCCAAAUCUCCAUGGAUGGCAUGUCUGUGGAUGAGCUGAAGGAUUGUCUUAACAUUGAGGCCUCGGUCGCUGUCACUGGGAAAGCUGAAGCAAGCGCCAAAGCUAGCGCCUGCAAGGAACAAAGCCAAAAAUCCAACAAGGGGGAGAGUUUCCACCAGACGUUCAAUGAGAAAAGUUGGGAGGUAAGAGGAGGAAAGAUCACAUUUGAGCAGCUCUCCUUUGAUGUAAAGAGUGGAGGUGAUGCAGCCUCUUUCCAGACCUGGAUGGACAGCCUAAAAAUCAACCCCGAUAUCGUAACCUACUCUCUGGAGCCCAUCCACAACCUGGUUCGAUUCAAAGGACCUCGGCGAGAGAACCUACGGAACGCCAUCAGUGAAUAUAUCAUGGAGAAGGCGCUGAGAAAGAACUGCUCAUGCCCAGGGGGUUCACUGUUGAGUCCCGGUAAAGAGUGCAAUUGCAUUUGUCCUGGUGGUCAAGGUAAAAAUAUAAAUUGUUGCCCCUCAAAGAGGGGACUUGCCAAAGUGGUGGUCACUGUAAAAAAAGCCUCAGGCCUGUGGGGUGACCACACUACGAGGACUGAUGCCUUUGUGAAAAUAAGUGUUGGGUUGGUUUCUGCUCAGACGCAGACCAUAUGGAACGAUGACAAUCCAAACUGGAACAUGCGGUUGGACCUCGGGCUUUUGGAGCUGAGUUCAGUGACCAGCUUGAAGGUGGAAGUUUGGGAUGAGGAUAAUAAAUAUGACGAUGAUCUGCUUGGAACAUGUCAAAAAUCAAUCAACAGUGGACAGAAGGAUGAGGUUUGUUACCUUAACCAUGGCAGUGUGUCCUUUACAGUGAGUACACAAUGCGUCCCUCACCUGACUGGACCCCUCUGUAGAGACUAUGCUCCUUCCACCAGUUAG